AUGGCAACUGAACUUCGAGGAUGUUCGGCCUUACUGCUCAUUUCAGUGUCAGUUCUUGCGAGUUCUCUUGUCAGCAACAGGACUAAUCAACACAAAUUGUUGGUUGGGUUUCACGCUCCUCGAAACGCAUCUUACCCGUUCAGUGCUGAGCGCCUGGGGUCUGCUAUACAAAUAGCUAUAGACAAGAUCAAUGCCAACCCUUCCUUCCUUGGCAACUACACACUUGAUUUCGUGUAUGCAGACACAGACUGCAGAGCCAAAGCCUCGCUUGGUGCGUUCAUUGAUCAAACUUGGCGGGAAAAUGUGUCUGCAUUGUUUGGUCCUCCUUGUCCUGAGGAAGCAGAGGUCACGGGGCUCCUUGCAUCUGCUUGGAACAUUCCAAUGUUUGGCUUCGUCGGCCAAUCACCCAAAAUGGACAAUGCCCUUAUUUACGAUACUUAUGUCAAAGUAGUGCCACCGCUUAGAACAACUGGAGAAAUCCUUUUGAAAACGUUGGAGUUCUUUGGGUGGAAAUAUGUCGGGAUAAUUGGAGGGGGCUCAGACACGAACAGGUGGGACAAGACUGAUGCUCUCUUGACAUCUGUGGAGCAGCAACUGAGAGCCAAAGUGACCGUCACGGCGAGCAUCAAAUUUGACACGAGCGUGCAGGAGCUUAUUCACGAGAACAUAAAAUACAUUUCAACGGUUGCGAGAGUGAUUAUAGUGCUAUGCAAUCCUGAAGACUCGACUGCUCUGAUGCGUGAGGCAGAAAGGCAGGGUCUGAUGAAUGGACAUUAUGUUUUCAUCCUUGUCCAGCAGUUUGAGAAUAACCUGUGGAAGUGUGCUGUGAGUGACAAGAAGAACCAGACAGCACUGAGGGCCUUUGACAUGGCAUUUGUCAUUGCUCAGAAGUCUUACCAAGGAUACGAAUACUAUGAUUUCUUUGAACAGGUCCAGAACAGGCUUACCGAAGCUCCAUUUUACAGUAAUCUUUCCUCUAAUAAAGACGUGAGUCCUUACUCCGCUUUUCUCCAUGAUGCUAUGCUGCUUUACGCCAUGGGUCUGAAGGAGGUCCUCAAAGAUGGUCGAGACCCUCGCGACGGACGCGAACUGCUCAAGAGACUUAAAGACAAGAACAACAUCAGGUUUUAUGGAGCCUCAGGCUUAGUUCACUUUGAUGAAGAGGGAGAGAGGAACCUGGACUAUUCUGUAUAUGACCUGCAGCAGUCCGACGGCCUCCUGAAAUUUGUGCCCGUUCUUAACUUUGACAGCCAGACUAAAACGCUCAAAGAAACACCUCAGUUUUCCAGUGUGAUUUGGCCGGCGGGGAAGCGUCCGACGGAUCGUCCGCCCUGUGGUUUCAGCAAUGAACUGUGUGAAUGGCUCCAUAAUGAUAUCUCCUUGCUGGUCCUGCUGGUGGCUUUGCCACUGCUUGGACUGUCAGCUCUGGCCUUCAUCACACUCCUGACAUUCCAGAAAAUUCGCCUGCAGACCACCCUGGACGGGGCCCGCUGGUGGCUCAUCAACUUCAGUGAUAUCACCAUCAUCAAAGAGCCAAAGGACGUGAAGGCCCGGUCUUUAAGUACAACUCUCAGUAAAAGUGGGAGUGGAAGCUCCCAUACCGUCCUCUCUUCUAACAGUUAUGGCCUGCGGGACGGCAGUGGCAAAGAGACCAUCUACAUCACCAUAGGCCUUUACCAGGGAAAUCAGGUGGCCAUCAAAUAUCUAAAAAAUCAGGUCAGCUGUGAUAUCAAGAAACCGUCUAUUCUUGCAGAAUUUAAUGUGAUGAAGGAGUUGAAACACGAGAACUUGGUACAGUUCUUUGGCGUGUGCAUUGAGCCACCUACUGUCUGUAUUGUCAUGCAAUACUGCAGGAAAGGCAGUCUGAAGGAUGUUCUCAGAAACAGUGAAAUUGAGCUGGACUGGAUGUUCAAAUUGUCCUUUGCCUAUGACAUUGUCAAUGGUAUGGAUUACAUACACAAGAGUAGCUUGAAGUCUCAUGGUAACCUUAAGCCCAGCACGUGUUUGGUAGACAGCAGACUGCAGGUGAAACUCUCAGGCUUUGGACUGUGGGAGUUCAAACAAGGGACCAGACAUCGAGUAGGCCCUUUCGACGACCCCAAUUAUGAAGAAAUGUACUGGACUGCUCCAGAACUUCUAAGAGAAGUCUAUGUCCCAUUCAACGGCACUCAGAAAGGAGACGUGUACAGCUUUGCAAUUGUCAUGAGAGAGCUGAUCUAUAGCACUGAGGUCGGCCCAUACCACGACCUUCAGCUGGAGCCAAAGGAGAUCAUUAAACAGCUGAGGACACCUAAGUCAGGAGAGCCCCUCAGGCCGACGCUGUCUGCCCAGAUGUGUGAUGAGGGAAUAAUCACCCUGCUGAAGGCCUGCUGGAGUGAGAGUCCAGAGCAGAGACCACCCUUCUGCUCCAUCAGGAGAGGGCUACGUGAGACCAGCCCAGACAGCCAUGCAAAUAUCCUGGAUAAUAUGGUGAGCAAACUUGAGAAAUAUGCCAAUCACUUGGAGGAAGUGGUAGAGGAGAGGACCAAUCAGCUCACACUAGAGAAGAGCAGAGCUGACAAACUUCUGUCAAGCAUGCUGCCCAGGUACAUUGCCGAGCAGUUGAUGGCAGGGAAGUCAGUGGAGCCAAUGAGCUAUGACAUGGUAACCAUCUUCUUCUCUGAUAUUGUGGGUUUCACGACCAUGUGUUCAGUAAGCUCUGCCUUAGAGGUCGUCACGCUCCUCAAUGACCUCUACAGUCUGUUUGACGAGAUCAUCAAACUCUACGACGUGUAUAAGGUGGAAACUAUAGGGGACGCCUAUAUGGUGGCAAGUGGUCUACCCCUCAGUAACGGCAAUCAGCAUGCAGAGGAUAUCGCAACAAUGGCCCUUCACUUCCUCUACGCCAUUAAAAAGUUUAAGAUCAGACACAUGCCCCAUGAGAAACUGGCUCUUCGCAUUGGCAUCAACUCUGGCCCGGUGGUGGCUGGAGUGGUGGGUACCACCAUGCCCAGGUACUGUCUGUUUGGAGACACAGUGAACACUGCAUCCAGGAUGGAGAGCAACAGUCUUCCAUUGAGGAUUCACGUCUCUCAGAGCACAGCAGACAUUCUCAGGGAGAUUGGAUCUUUUGAGCUGGAGGAGAGGGGAGAGAUUGAGAUAAAGGGCAAGGGCUUGCAGAAGACCUUCUGGUUGAAGAGUAAAGAGGGCUUUAAAUUCUCUACACCUCCGCAAGCCAGUUCUGCAGUUUCAAGUCCCCACACGCUUUCAGAGGUAGGGCAGGUCUGA